AUGGCGACCAACAGGAGGAGCAAGUCCGAAAGGAAGCGUGUCUUGGUUGUCGGCGCUGGAGCCGCUGGAAUGUCAUGUGCUCAUCAUCUCGCGAAUCACCCUGAUAAGUUCGACGUGACACUUAUCGAUGCUGUGGAUUACUGCGGUGGCCAAGCAUUCUCGAUCCCACUCGAUAAAGAGCGCCAUGGAACCAGCUGGUUGAAUCAGGGAGUACAGGGUGGUAGCUGCAUAUUCCACCAUACGAUGACCAUGUUUGCGCGACAAGGGUACCACGCAGAUCCGGUAAAAUUACAGGUCUCGUUUGGAAAGGAUGAUGUAUUCUGGUCGAACGUGUUCCCGACGCAGCUCCUCGCCCGGCAUCAGAUGGAGAUUAAGCGAUUCAAACGAAUGCUCACCAUCGUUCGCUGGUUCGAAUUGUUCUUCGCCUUGAUACCCAUCAAGAUCCUCAUGAAGAUGUUUUUCUUCUCGGACGAGUUCACCAACACCGUUGUUCUACCAAUGGUCGCGCUAUUUCUUGGAACGGGGAAUGCUACUCCAGAAGUGCCGAGCAUUAUCCUUGAGAGAUUGUGUACCAGUCCGACGUAUGGAAUGUGGUAUCCUGCGGAUAAGCUGAGCGUUGCGAGUAACUUGCCUCCUAUGGUUGUCUUUCCUAAGUUUAGCGAUUUUUACGAGAGCUGGAGAGAAGAUUUGGAGUCGAAGGGCGUGAACGUGCGUCUGUCGACCGAACUUACGAAGGUUGCGAAGAGAGACAAGGAUGGCGUAAUUGUUAAGCUGAUCAAGCGUACCCCGACCUCAGACGCCCACAAUCCAAAUAGCGCAUGGGUGCCCCAAGAGGACGGUAACGUGGAACCAAAUGCGCAAGAAGUUGAGGAGCAUUAUGACGAGCUAGUACUUUGCGUACUUGCCGAUACUGCAAAACGCAUCCUCCAACCUACAGCUUCCUUCCGCGAAAAGCGCGUCCUUGGGUCUGCCAAAUUCUCCGACGAUAUCACCGUCACGCAUUGGGAUAGCGAUUACAUGAAGAAGCACUACGAGAACUUCUACAAUCCAGAGCAGGUAGUGGCAACUCUCUCCGGCGUUGACCAGACGACUCGCGUUCAGAUGGCACAGAAGUCCUUCAAGCCUAUGUACUACAUCAAAAUGUACGAUCAGGAUCGCUCAAAGCUCGAAAUGUGCUUCGACUGCACCAAUUACCAGAGCCAGUUCCCGCCCGAGGUUUCCUUCGACAAGCAUGUCUUCCAGACCAUCUACCUAAAUAAGCACAGAGACGGCCAUCUGUGGCCUAUCGACGAGAUCGAAGAGAGCAAGAUCAUCCGGAAGGAUUGGUGA